CUGGUGUGAUGACAGCCCGUGACAAGGCGUACAUACUUAGGCCGCGUGCUAGCCUCGUAUAAAACUAGCACGCAGUGUGUGUGGGUUGACUACUUAACUUGGCACGAGUUGUGCUGAGACACGGCUUCCCCACUUCGUCGAACCUUUCUCUGUGGUCGAUUAUUGCAGUGUUUUACAGCUCAGGUUGGUCAAGAGCCCCUGCAAACUUGUUGCAACCAUGAGGGGUGCCUUCUUUGCAGCAGCGCUGGCUCUGCUUCUGUUGAGCUGUGUGUCUGGGCAAGAAAGUCCCGAAUUGCUACCGGGGCCAGAUGAAGAACCUACGGAAGAACCAUCGACAGAGCCUAGCAGGUUUGAUAUAGGCUAUCUGAUCAUGGCUCCCAAGGUGAUGACGGCAGAGACCACUGAAAUUGUCUGCGUCCGCCUGCUGAACAUGACAGGGCCCAUCACCCUCACCAUCAGCCUCUUGGAGAGCUCAGAGACCAGGGAGGUCCUGACCUCACUGCAGCCCUACUUCAUGGAGUUCUCCUUUGCCUGCCUGAAUCUGGAGGUUCCAGCCAUUGAUGGAGAACAAAUAGAAGCAGUGUUCCAAGUUGAAGGACAGGCAGAGCUGGACGCUUCGCAAGCUUUCAGCGAGAGCAAGAGGAUUUGGAUUAGAGGAAACAACUGGGAGAGCUUUAUCCAGACUGACAAGUCCAUCUAUAAACCAGGGCAAACUGUGAAAUUCCGCAUGCUGACAAUUGACCAGAAUUUCAGACCAGACCUGAGUCAGGUGUCCAAACUUUGGGUGGAGGCACCAAGUGGUAUCCACAUGGCCCAGUGGCUGAACAUAGAUACCGAGGCCAAUGAUGGCAUCAUUGAUCUGGAGCUACCUAUGACCUCUGACCCACCCCUCGGUCAAUGGAAGAUAACAGCUGUCCAUCGGGGCAAGGAUGUCACACAGACAUUUACCGUGGAUGAAUAUGUCUUACCCAAAUUUGAGAUUGACAUCCAGGCCCCCACUUACAUCUUAGUGAAUGAAUCCAGAAUGGAUGCCAGGAUUUGUGCCAAGUACACCUAUGGACAACCAGUGAGAGGUUCCUUUGGGGCUGUUAUCUCUGUGGCUAAUGAUGGCUGGAGUGCAAGACCUAGGGCUGCCAUUGAGUACUUCAUAGAGGAUACGGGAAGAGACGGCUGCCAGGAUAUUGUGGUAGAAGUUUACCGCCUGGAACUGAACAGCACUGACUUUGGUUUGUGGAAUGCUAGGAUCCAUGUUGCCGUGGAAUUCACCGAGGAGACAACAGGUAUCAUGUUGUCUGAAGAGAAGGAUGUCGCCAAGGUGUCAACAGAGGCACUGAAGUUGGAGUUCAAGGCACCGCCAACAUUCAAACCGGGUGUUCCAUACUAUGGAAAGAUCAUUGUAAAGAACCCAGAUGACUCGCCAGCUGGGGGUAAGACAAUAGAGCUCACUGCAGACACCAAUGAGGGGCGAGUGUUUGAUGAGAUCCUAAUCUCUCCACCCAGUGGCAUCAUUGACUUCGCGGCCAAGAACAUCUCCAUCCAGUCAUCCAGCCUUAAUCUAUAUGCCAGAGCACCAGGCUAUGACAACAGGCCCGAUGAUUACUCAUAUGGUGGCCGGUACCGUUACAUGUAUGACCCAUCUGUGUCAUUGGGGGCCCAGCCUCAGUACUCGCCCUCAGGCAGCUUCAUCCAAGUUGCCCCCAUUCUGGAGACAGUGAACAUUGGCACUGUGCAGACCCUCACCAUUGACUUCACAGCCAGGGAGGCAGAGAAAGAGAGUAUUGAUUUCAACUUUCUGUUCAUGUCCAAAGGAAACAUCCUCGGGACUGGUGUUGAUAGCCUGGUGCCAGUGGACCCUAACACGCACCAACGGACUGCUCGACAAGCUGGGGAGGAGGAGCCAGAACUUGAUCUGGUUCCAUCUUCUAUCAUAAUUGAGCGUAGCGUCAUUGGUUACCCUGACAGCGAGAUCUCUGAAGGUGCAUCUAGCUCCCAAUUCAGCUUCAUUAAACCCCCUAACACCCCAGAGCCGCCCGUGGUCAUCGUCAGUCCGGGAGAGCUGAACACCGUUGAAGCUCAGAUCACCAUCACCCCAGAGAUGAUUCCGCUGACCCGCGUCCUGGUGUACUACAUCCGCAAGGACGGUGAGGUGGUGACCGACAGCCUGGCCAUCAACGUGCAAGAAGUGUUUGAGAAUGAGGUGACCAUGGGCUUUAUCAGUGACGAGGCAGCUCCAGGAGAGACGACCCAGCUCGUGAUCCAGGCAGCCCCCGGGUCUCUGUGUGGCGUGGGUGUUGUCGACAAGAGCGUCCAGCUCCUGGGCGGAGACAACCAGCUGAAGAAGAGCAAGGUGUUUGCAUCUCUGGAGAAGCAUCAGCUUUCUGAUAAGGAUGGCGAACUGGAUCGCAGCAAGCACUGCCCUGAACCCAUCCCCUGGUGGAGGCGGCUUCCAUUUGGUCGCAGGAAGAGGAGUUCCCCCCUCAUCUACCGUCCCACACAGACCUACAAGGACGCGUCCCUGGCAUUCCAGCAAAUGGGUUUGGUUUUCCUGACCAACAUCAAGGUGGAGACUCGACCUUGCGUAAAGAAGGAUUGGUACCUUAGAGGCAGAGGUAAAUACAGGUCAGAAGGAAUACCAGGUCCUGAUGAGCCGUUGGCCCUUCCUGUCCUUUUUGAUGCCGAACCACAGCCAGUGUUUGAAACAGAUGAUAAUGAGGCGGAGCAAACGGCCAAUCUGGAGCCAGAGGCUGCACCAGUCACCAUCCGCACCUACUUCCCCGAGACUUGGCUGUGGGAACUUGUGAGAAUUGGGCCAGAGUCCAGUGAAGCUGAAGUAGAAGUCGAGGUACCAGACACCAUCACCGACUGGGUUGGCAGCAGUUUCUGCAUGUCCACAGAGCAUGGCAUUGGCAUUUCCAACCCGGUACGCCUGCGUGCCUUCCAGCCCUUCUUUGCUUCCUACAACCUGCCUUAUUCCGUCAUUCGCGGCGAGGAGGUGCCAGUGUCGGUCACUGUCUUCAACUACCUCUCUGAGUGUCUCGUGGUCGAGCUGACCCUGCAGGACUCCACCGACUUUGCACUGAAGGAAUCCAGUGGCGUGCAGCGCCUCUGCAUCUGUGGCUCAGAGUCCAAGACAGCCAUCUUCGAUGUCGUCUUCUCUGGCCUGGGAAUGAUUCCAAUUGAAGUGCAUGCCGUGGCUAUUGAAGACACCACGUCCCUGUGCGGCAAUGAACUCAUGAGCUCAACCAGCAUUGGCUUCAGCGACGGAGUUCGUCGAGAACUCUUGGUCGAGCCUGAAGGUGUUGAGGAAGAAUACACAGUUAACUCUUACUUCUGCCCAGAAGAAACCAAUGGUCUCUUCACGUCUGUCAGCAAGCUUGACUUGCCAAUCAAUGUUGUCAAGAAUUCCCAGAAGGCCAAGAUAACCAUCACAGGUGACCUAAUGGGACCCACCCUGUCCAACCUGGACCAGUUGCUGCGUGUACCCACCGGCUGUGGAGAGCAGAACAUGCUGGGCCUGGUGCCUAACAUCUUUGUCAUGAAGUACCUCGAGAGCACCCAGCAACUCACCCCGACCAUUUCCCAAAAGGCAACAGCCAACAUGAAGAUUGGUUACCAGCGGGAGCUGAAUUAUCGCCGAGACGACAACUCCUAUUCGGCCUUUGGCAUGAGCGACCCCGAGGGCAGCACCUGGCUGACAGCCUUCGUUAUGCGCUCCUUCGCCCAGGCCAGCGAGUACAUUUAUAUCGACCCGCAGGAUAUGGAGCGGAGCAUCGGCUGGCUGCGGGAGCGGCAGAACGUGACCUCGGGCUGUUUCCAGUCCAUGGGCAAACUCUGCCACAAAGCCAUGUCUGGAGGAGUUAACAAUAAGCUCACACUGACAGCAUACAUCGUCAUAACGAUGCUCGAGGCAGGAUUACCAAAGAAUGAUUCCGCUGUGGUUGGCGGUCUGCGUUGCCUGGUCAACGGCAUCCCCAAUCUGGCCGACACCUACACCACGACCCAGAUGGCUUACGCCCUGGCUCUGGCCUCUAGCCCCCAGCUGGAAUCAGUCAUGGUGAAGCUGGAGGAAGCAGCCACUGUAAAAGAUGGCACGAAAUACUGGAAAUCCAACCGACCCCAGCCCGAAGAUAGCUACGGCUAUUACGGUGUGCCGGCCCAGGACAUAGAAAUGACAGGCUAUGCCUUGCUGGCCUACAUGCAACAGACGGUAGGAGGAGAAGCGCUGGUUGCUGGCAAUCCCAUCGCCCGCUGGAUCAUCGCACAGAGGAACUCGCAAGGAGGCUUCUCAUCGACACAGGACACAGUCAUUGGCCUGCAGGCCCUGGCCACCUACGCCAACCUGGCUUACACAGGUGGGGUGGACAUCCAGCUGAAUGUGCUCACUCACCCCCAGCAGGUCACGCACGCCUUCUGGGUGGGCCCCGCCAACCGACUGAUCCUGCAAGAGCUGAGCCUGGAUGCCAUGAAUGUGCCAACCCGGGUCAGCUUCAAGGGCCACGGGAUGGGUUGCGCUUUGCUGCAGAGUGCCGUGAGCUACAAUGUCAUUCCCAAGAAGCCCAAGACACCAGCCUUCACUAUCUCCCACGGAGUGCGCGAAAUCGAGAAAGCCAAGAGAUGCACCCAGUAUUCCAUGCAAGUUUGCACAAGUUACACCGGCGAGGACGAAGUGUCUAACAUGGCCCUCUUGAGAGUCAAGAUGCAGACCGGCUUCAUCCCAGUCAAAUCUACCCUGACCGAUGACGGACUGAAGCGGCAGUCGGAGGCCUUCCGAAAGGUGGAGAUUGAGGGCAAGAUGAUCGAGUUCUACUUUGACGAGCUGACUGCCGAGGAGACCUGCCUUGUGUUCAGCAUUGAGAAGAGCAUUGACGUGAAGGACAUCAAGGAUGGAGCAGUCACCAUCAUGGACUACUAUGAGCAGGGCCUGUUUGUCUCCGAGAUGGUAAAGCUGCCCUGCCCUCAAGACCCCCUCUACCUGGACCCCACCUUUCAAGACGAUGAACCCCUGGAGCCCAAGGAGCCCCUGAUCCCCCUGGAUCCAAGGGGUCCCUCUGGCCCUCAGUUCCUAGGCCCCUUCAGAGAGGGAAGACCCCUCAGCGUUGGAAGGGGUGACCCUGUAAUCCCCGAUGUGGCCAUAACUGAUGACCUGGAUAUCUCUUCACUUAAUCAGUGUCCUGAGGGUCGUGUCUUUGCCGACGGCGUCAAAAAAUGUGUUGCUCCCAUGGGAGAUGCAUGCCAAGACGGCACUACAUGUGAGGAGGGGUACACUUGUGUAGAUACAGACACCGGCACCAAGUGUGUAGAUCUAGAUGAAUGCAGCAAGUAUGGGGACAUCUGCAAAGGCGACUCCUUCUGCACCAACACAGAGGGAGGUUACCUUUGCGCUAAGCUGGAUUGCGGUGAAGGAUACAAGAUCUCUGCCCGUGGAAUCUGUGAAGAUGUGAAUGAGUGUGACACCCCGCAAAUCUGUGGCACAUUUGGUAUUUGCUUGAACACUGUGGGAAGUUACUUCUGUGAGACCAUUAAUUUAGAGUGUGUCGAAGGCUUCAGGCUUGCACCAGACUUGCAGUGCUUAGACAUAGACGAGUGCUCUGAAACUCCAGACAUUUGUGGUCCCGGGAACUCAUGCACCAACCAACGAGGCAGCUAUAUCUGUCUCAUUGUAGACUGUGGCACUGGCUACAUCAAGAACGAGAAUGGCUCCUGCACCGACGUGGACGAAUGCAAGGAUGCGAACACCUGCGAAGAGGGCGAGACCUGUAUGAACACCCCUGGAGGUUACGCCUGCACAAUCACCGCCUGUGAGGACGGCUACCGUGCUACGAUGGACCCAUCAGGGGGGCUUCAGUGCAUUGACAUUGAUGAAUGCAAUGAAACUCCAGACGUAUGCGGUCCAGGGAACCUUUGUGCAAACGCACCAGGGAGCUACUUCUGUGCCAUUGUUGAUUGUGGACUUGGCUUCUUCAAAGAUGAGAACGGCAGUUGUGUCGACAUUGAUGAAUGCGCUGAUGCGGGCAUUUGUGGUGCAGAGGGCUUGUGCGAAAACGUGCCAGGUACCUAUGCAUGUCUUAUCAUAGACUGUGCACCAGGUUUCCGCGUGGAAGUCAACGGCAGUUGUGUCGAUAUCAAUGAAUGUGAAGAAUUUGACGGCGUCUGUGAAUUCUCACAAGUUUGUGUCAACAAUGAAGGCAGUUACACGUGUGUUGACCAUCCAGGACGCUGCAGCCUACCCCUGGUGACUGGCCGAUGCCGAGGACGGUUCCGCAAGUUCGGCUUCAACGUUGGGACAGCAGCAUGUGAGGAGUUCAUCUAUGGAGGCUGCCACGGCAAUGACAACCGCUUUGACACAAUGGAUGCCUGCCGGAAGGCCUGCGAAGACCAACCCUCCGUCGGGGGUGGCGAUCCGAUGGUUGGACCGGCUGAACCACUCCAGCCCAUCGUUAACACCUCUGCUAUCUGCCGGCUUCCACUAGAAACAGGCCAGUGCCGUGGCUACUUUCCGAAGUUUGGAUACGUGCCAGAAUCCCAAACUUGCGAGGAGUUCAUAUACGGCGGCUGUGACGGCAACCAGAACAGGUUUGACACUCGGGAAGAGUGUAUGCAGCAGUGUGGAGAGCUAGCUAUUGUGGUUUCUCCCGAUGAAGUGCCUUUACCAGAGCUUUGCAAGCUGCCACUGAUGUCGGGCAUGUGUGAGGCCUACAUGCCUAUGUUUGGCUACAUUCCUGGAACGGGAGAGUGCGAGCAGUUCAUCUACGGCGGCUGCGGGGGAAACGUCAACAGGUUUGCGACCGUGGAGGAGUGCACGCAAGUCUGUGGGUCCAUCCCUCGUGGUGUGCCCCCCAUCAUCCCCAAGAAGUACCCAGGUGUGAAGAUGGGCCAGUGCCUGCCCUACAUUGAUGAUAACGGCCCCUGUGAGCGGGAGUGUCUUGGGGAUGAUGCCGACUGCCCUGGCAACCGCCUCUGCUGCUUCAAUGGGUGUGGCUUCCAGUGCACGCCCUUCACCCUCGAGGAGCCUCCAGAGCCAAAGGAGGGGACCUGCCCCCCUGUCCUCCCUGGAGAGAACUUGAACUGUGACUAUGACCAAGUUGUGACCGAGUGUUACUAUGACUACAACUGCGAGGGGUCAAUGAAGUGCUGCGAAGACGGCUGCAACUCCAUCUGUGUCUUGCCAAUGGGAAUGGUGGAUCCCAUCCUGCCACCCAAUAAGCCCAAGGUUGGCCUAUGCCCGAUAGUGGACAUGAUGACGAUGGCCGAUGCCUGCGUGAACGAGUGCUUCGACGACUACUCCUGCCCCCUUGACCAAAAGUGUUGCAGCAAUGGCUGUGGCCAACAGUGCAUGCCGGCGUACAACCCCAUCGUGCAUAAUUACGGUGAGUGCCCACCAAUGACGGAAGUGGGUACCUGCCCGGAAGAAUGCGUGGAGGACUCGGACUGCGAGGCAGACAACAUCUGCUGCUUCACUGGUUGCGGACGCGUCUGUACCUACGCAGUUAUCGUGGAACCUCUGCCACCUGACCCGGGUCAGUGCCCCCUAGUGCCCGAGCUGGCUGUGGGUCCCUGUGCCAACUUCUGCCAGUACGACUACGACUGUGCCAAGGGGGAGCGGUGUUGCAGCAAUGGCUGCGGCUAUGAGUGUAUGGCAGCCACAGAUGUUGGGCCAGUUGAGCCCCAGCCUGAGCCAGAGCCAGCUCAACCCAAGCCAGGUGAGUGCCCCGCCCUAGUGCAGGGCUUCUUUGCAAUCUGCGUAGAACUGUGCAACAGUGACCAGAGCUGCCUGGGAAGCCAGAAGUGCUGUUCCAACGGCUGCGGGAGGCAGUGCAUGGAGCCGUUGAUACCUCCUGUUAAGCCCGGCCAGUGCCCAGUCCUCGAUCCGGGCCUGUCUUGUUUUUCCUUUGCUGCUGUCAUCGAAUGCACGGAGGACAAUGACUGUGAAGGCCCCAUGAAGUGCUGCGAUAUGUUGUGCGACAGUCGCUUGUGCACACUUCCUGUCUCCCCCCCUCCCAGCCCGCCCAAGCCCGGAGAGUGCCCAGUUGUGGAAUCUGGUGGCUUUGGUAUAUGUGUCCAAGAAUGUAACGACGAUAGCAGUUGUGCUGGUGAUCAGAAAUGUUGUACCAGUGGCUGUGGAAGAACCUGCAUGGAUCCAAUCACCUCUCCCAGCCCGCCCAAGCCAGGACAGUGCCCCAUGGUUGAGCCUGGCAGCGUUGGUAUCUGUGUCCAAGAAUGUAACGAUGAUAGUGGAUGUACUGGUGAUCAGAAAUGCUGUUCCAACGGCUGUGGAAAAACUUGUGUGGAUCCAGUUGCUCCUCCUCAAGAACCCAAGCCUGGCCAGUGCCCUGUGGUUGAGCCUGGUGGCUUUGGUAUCUGUGUCCAAGAAUGUAAUGAUGAUAGCGGCUGUUCUAGUGAUCAGAAAUGCUGUAGCAAUGGCUGUGGAAGAACUUGCAUGGAUCCAAUCGCUCCUCCUCAAGAACCCAAGCCUGGCCAGUGCCCCGUGGUCGAGCCUGGCAGCGUUGGUAUCUGUGUCCAAGAAUGUAACGAUGAUAGUGGAUGUACUGGUGAUCAGAAAUGCUGUUCCAACGGCUGUGGAAAAACUUGUGUGGAUCCAGUUGGUCCUCCUCAAGAACCCAAGCCUGGCCAGUGCCCCGUGGUUGAGCCUGGCAGCGUUGGUAUCUGUGUCCAAGAAUGUAACGAUGAUAGCGGCUGUUCCGGUGAUCAGAAAUGCUGCAGCAAUGGCUGUGGAAGAACUUGCAUGGAUCCACUCACUCCUCCCAAAGAACCCAAGCCUGGCCAGUGCCCUGUGGUUGAGCCUGGCAGCGUUGGUAUCUGUGUCCAAGAAUGUAACGAUGAUAGCGGCUGUUCUGGUGAUCAGAAAUGCUGUAGCAAUGGCUGUGGAAGAACUUGCAUGGAUCCAAUGGCUCCUCCUCAAGAACCCAAGCCUGGCCAGUGCCCUGUGGUCGAGCCUGGCAGCGUUGGUAUCUGUGUCCAAGAAUGUAACGAUGAUAGCGGCUGUUCUGGUGAUCAGAAAUGCUGCAGCAACGGCUGUGGAAAAACUUGCGUGGAUCCAAUCGAGCUGGUUGGCCCUGUGGAACCAGUUGGCCCAGUGGAGCCAAUUGAGCCUCAAGCUCCCAAGCCAGGUGCAUGUCCAAUGGUUGACUUGGGCACCAUUGGCAUCUGCAGCCAAGAGUGCAGCAGUGACAGUGAUUGUGAAGGGGACCAGAAAUGUUGCACCAACGGCUGUGGCAACACCUGCAUGCCUGCUUAUGAUCCAGCCGUCAACAACUUCAGUGAGUGCCCGCUGGUGACAGACGUAGGCCUCUGCGCGGAGGAAUGCUCGGCCGACUCUGACUGCGGAUCGGAGAAUCUGAUCUGCUGCUUCAACGGGUGCGGCCAUACUUGCACCCCCUUGCUCGGCAUCCCGACGAAACCAAGCCUUAUCUCUUUGGAUUGCCCAUACUGCCUGACCGAUCUGGUCGACCUUCCUGAUGAUAUCAGGGCGCUCAUUUGUGAAGCAGACAUGAUGAUGGUGGUCAAGUGGAAGGCCAAGGACAACAGAGUGCGAUUCCUGCGGGAUCUUAUCACAGAUACAGAUGUGACUCAGCCCUCUCGUCUCCUGGACAUUGAGGAAUCCUGCCCAUGCUUCACCAUUGUAUCUGAUGAGCGUGUCAUCAUCGUGGGCCAGUCUGACCGAAUCCUGACCGGAAGGGGCAAAGGUCGGGCAGUCACCCUUGGUAUCAGUGCUUUUGCCAUCAGGAAUGAUGCCAAACUCAAGAAAGCACUCGUCCAAAUCCGUGGCAACUGCCCUUAAAAAAAUUUGUAUUUUUUACCAGCGUUUGGUGAGAUCAUAAUUAAUUCACCACAAGAUGAGAUUUUGUAAGAAAAACAAAAGUUCCCCACAUUUGAAAAAGUUCCCAUCAACUUGAAAAAAAUAUUCGAUACCAAUAAAUGAACAAAAAGAGAAAACUCAUUGGCACCAGAUAUCUGAUGUUGAUCUGAUAGAGAUAAACUUCCUUCACUAAAAGAAAGCACCAUUGUUGUGCCUUUUUGUAGGUUAACAUUUGAGUUUGUACAGUUUGAGAUGGUGUUUUAGCUGUACUUACUGGACAUUUAAGUCCAUUUUCUACAUAUUCAAGACCUUUAUAACAAUUUUCACCUCAUUUCUAGAUCAUGUAUUUUUGUACCUUGAAGCAAGGAUGAAUUGGACUUACUUAAGCUUGAAUCUUUUAUAAAAAUGAUGAAAGAUUUUUUUAGUUUUAUAGAUAUGUACUUAAAGUGGCAAAAUUUGGCACCGGCCACAUUGUAUACUCAAUACAGAAUUGCUUUUAAUAAUCUUCAGUUGAAAAGCAAUGAUUUUACCCACUUUGAGUUUUCCAGAAAAAUGUCUUUAUGUCAAGGUGUUUAGUGUUAAUAUUACCAGAUGAAUUUUUGCCACCUUUUUAGGUUCAUUUACUGUAGUGUCUCUCUUGGUAUCCUAACAUAUUAUUUGCUGCACAAGAUUUCAUGCUCGAAUGUUGUUGAGGUCAGAUACAGAGGUGCCCUUUGUUAUUCCUGACUGUAAUCUGAUUAUUUGAAACCUAGAAUUGAUUGUUUAAUGGUGCAUGGAAAAUAUUUGUAACUUUUUUUUAAAGCUUUUGAUCAUUCACAAAGGAGCUAAAUGCAACCUGUGUUUCUCUUUUUUUAAUAAGUGAACUGUUUUAGCCGUGACUGUUGAGUCGGUUGUUUGUGAUUGAAUGUAAUUAAAAGAGCAUCAAGCAUUGUAAGUGAAUUGUA